AUGAAAUUAUUAUUAUGUUUAAUAAUUUUAGUAUUUAUUUGUUUAACAAAUGCAAUUAAUAUUAAUGUUAAUCAAGGAUAUCAUCGUAAUGAUGGUAUUAUUCAUAGUGAUUCAUCAAUGAGAGAUACUUUCAAUCAUUGGGCAAAGAAACAUUCAAAGAUUUACAAAGACUCUAUUGAAAUGGAGAAUAGAUUCUCAAAUUUCAAAGAGAAUAUGAAAAAGAAUAUUGAAUUAAAUUCAAUGCAUGCUGGUAAGGCUAAAUUUGAAUCCAAUGGUUUCUCUGAUCUCUCUGAAGAAGAAUUUUCAAAUUUCCACCUAAAUAAAGCAUUCAAAGGUAAACCAAGCCAUUUACGUAAUUCAAUUAAACCACAACCAACUCCACAUCAUUCACUCAUUAAUGGUUAUAAAGAAAUGGAAAAUGGUGAUCUCAAUGAACUUUAUUCAAUUGAUUGGAGAAAGAAAGGUUUAGUAACUCCAGUUAAAGAUCAAGGUCAAUGUGGUAGUUGUUACAUUUUCUCUGCUGUUGAACAAAUUGAAACUGCUUGGAUUAAAGCUGGUAAUAAACCAAUUUUAUUAUCAGAACAACAAGCAGUUGAUUGUGAUCCAUAUGAUGGCCAAUGUGGUGGUGGUGAUCCAUAUACAGUUUAUGAAUAUUUUAGUCAAGUUGGUGGUGUUAGUACUAAUGCUCAAUAUCCAUAUACUGCUACAGAUGGUACAUGUGUUAAUAUGAGUAGAGCUGUACCAGUGGUUUCAUAUCAUUAUGUUACUCAAGGUGGUGAUGAAAAUACUUUAAUUAAAACCAUCGUCAAUGAUGGUCCAGUAAGUAUUUGUGUUGAUGCUUCAACAUGGCAAUCCUAUUCUGGUGGUAUUAUUACAACUGGUUGUGGUAAAAACAUUGAUCAUUGUGUUCAAGUAGUUGGUUUAGAAGUUGAUAAAACUGAUCCAUCAAAUCCAGUUCAAUAUUAUAUCAUUAGAAAUUCUUGGGGUACUGAUUGGGGUAUUGAUGGAUACAUUUACGUAGCUACUGGUUCUGAUUUAUGUGGUAUUACUUAUGAAUCAACAAUGGUUGAUGUAUAA